ACGUGACCUCCCUUUAACCUGACGUCAAACGUAAACAACAAUACGGAAGUGGAGAGGAAAGUCCCGAGGACAACAGUCACGCUAACUGCUUUGGAAGUGAUUUUUCUUACGUGCACGUGUGAGGAUUACAAUGCAAUAGAUUUUAUUUUUCACCAGCGACACCAGCGAUGGAGGGCUCCAAGUCGUCAAGCACAACCAUGCAGGUCAGCUUCGUGUGUCAGCGGUGCUGUCAGCCCCUCAAACUGGACACGUCCUUCAAUGUGCUCGAUCGGGUCACUAUCCACGAGCUUAUAGCUCCGUUGGUCACUGUGACCCCCAGCAACAAGCAGACUGACAGCAGUGAGGUGGAGACGGCACCAGAGGAGACCUUUGCAGAAAACAAGCAAGAUGGAGUUUCGAGAAAAUACAUCCCUCCUGCACGUAUGAUGUCGACAGAGAGCGCCAACAGCUUCACCCUCAUUGGAGAGGCAUCCGAUGGAGGCACGAUGGAGAAUCUUAGUCGCAGGCUAAAGGUGACCAGUGACCUGUUUGACAUCAUGUCGGGCCAGACGGAUGUGGAUCAUCCACUGUGUGAAGAAUGUACCGACACUUUGCUGGACCACCUGGACACACAGCUCAACAUCACAGAGAAUGAAUGCCAGAAUUACAAGCAGUGUCUGGAGCUGCUGUCACGCCUGCAGGUGGAGGAAGAGGAGACCCUGCUGGCAGAGCUGCAGCAGCUGAAUGAGGAGGAGGAGGCCUUGGUCCAGGAGCUGGAGGCUGUCGAGGAGCAGAGGGCCGCCGUGGCCCAGGACCUGGCCCAGAGCAGGAUCCACUCUCAGCAGCUGGACACAGAGGAGCUACAGUACCAGAAGGAGUACAGCGAGUUUAAACGGCAGCAGCUGGAGCUGGAUGAUGAGCUGAAGAGCGUUGACAACCAGAUGCGUUACUGCCAGAUUCAGCUCGAUCGGCUGAAAAAGACCAACGUCUUCAACGCCACAUUUCACAUCUGGCACAGUGGGCAGUUUGGUACCAUCAAUAACUUCCGUCUGGGUCGACUCCCCAGUGCCCCUGUGGAGUGGAACGAAAUUAACGCAGCCUGGGGACAGACGGUGCUGCUGCUGCACGCUCUCGCAAACAAAAUGGGGUUGCGAUUCCAGAGAUAUCGUCUUGUUCCAUAUGGAAACCACUCAUACUUGGAGUCACUGACAGACAAGUCCAAGGAGCUUCCUCUGUACUGCUCAGGUGGCCUGAGGUUCUUCUGGGACAAUAAAUUCGACCAUGCCAUGGUGGCCUUCCUGGACUGUGUCCAGCAGUUCAAAGAGGAGGUGGAAAAAGGAGACACUGGCUUCUGCCUCCCGUACAGGAUGGAUGUGGAGAAGGGCAAGAUCGAGGACACGGGCGGCAGUGGUGGCUCCUACUCCAUCAAAACCCAGUUCAACUCUGAGGAGCAGUGGACCAAAGCGCUAAAGUUUAUGCUCACGAACCUUAAGUGGGGACUGGCCUGGGUCACCUCACAGUUCUACAACAGAUAAACCUGCUGGACGAGGCCUUGGGUCACUGAGCUUUGCCCCAAUGAGAAAAAAGAUUACUUGUGAAUCUUACUUGGAUAUUUUGCCAAAGGAAAAGAAAUGGUCACGUCUUUUUGGGGGAUUUUGAGUGCAAAACAAACUACCCAAAUUCACUUCUGACCACUUUUUUUAAGUUCAAGGUAUCUUUGGUCUCCUGUUGUGCUGCACAUCUUUCUUUUCGUCACUCUUUCCAGAGUGCAAAAGAACAUUUUUGUCCCAGUAAUAUUAACUGUAAGAGUUUGGUGUUAUAAUUAUGGGCGCGGAAGAAUUUUUAGAUCAACACUGUUCAGUAUUGAACAGGAGUAUGUCAGUAUUUGUAAAACCUUGAAUGUCCCCACACCCACACCCACACCCACACCCACACACACACACACACACACACACACACACACACAAAAUUGUAUUUAAAGUUGCACUGAUGCAACCACUGUUCAUACUCUGCACCAGCUCAUGAAUUUGAUGAUACUUUCAAUGGUCUGACACGAGUUAAUAAACAUUUCAAGCUGUGAGAAAAA